GGACACUUUUGUAACACAUUUACGAGCACUUCAAGCACUUGCACAGCACUGGCAUCUUGUGGUGGAAUAUAGGCGACACGGCGACCAUCCAUGCUGCAGUGUUUGAUUUCUCCUCCCUGGCUACUGACAGCAUGUGAAGGAGGCUGUGGGGGCUGCCGCUGGACAUGCUGCUGCUGUUUGGCCUCUCUAUCUGGGCACGGCGCUGAGUGCAGGAGACAUAGCCUGCGGAAGAGAAGAUAUUCUGAAGCCGAACCCCUCUUUGCUUUCCCUUUAGCCACACUAACAGCCGACCCCUCAGUCCUCGGAAACUACAGAGCCAGAUGAAGAAGUCACUCGAUUCCUCUGUAUCGCUGGUACCUGCUAAUUAUUUUUCCCUGAACUGCAGCCCGCAGCGGUAAAACCUACUGGCAGCAUUAAGGAUUUGGAUUUUCAAGCAUGACUUGGGACACAACAGCCAAGCAUACGACGCAUUAACUCAAAUCCCAGAUCCUCGCAGGCAACGGGACUGUUUACGGCAUCUCAUAGUGGUUCUGUGUGAGAGCUCCCAGCUGCAGGACCUUGUAGAGUUUCCAUAUGUAAAUCACCAUAAUGAGGCUCCUCUCAGUUGGUCUGGUUCCCUUAUUCAGCUAUUGACCAUCUCCGGCAGACUCUGGACCAAGUGACCAACGCAGAAAAUAUUCCCCCGGACCAGAAACCGCUUUCAGAGACUUGUAUAAAUGCUGGUCUGCCAGGCGGAUGUCUAAGAAACAUCGGCAGAAGAUCCUUAUAAUGCAUCUGGAAAAAGAGACCGCACAAUCUAUAUACUCACCAUGCAAAAAACGAAAAGGAUCCAGUACUAAAGACAGACACGCUCCAGUAAUCAGGGGCCAACCCACAAGCAGCCAUCAUGGCACCACCUCUCCAAAACCGAAAGCCCAACUGACCAUGCCCUCAACUCCAACUGUACUGAACAGGAGGAACAUUCUGGCGAAGUCUAAAAAUUCAGUAGAACAAGAGCUUGAGAAAAUGCAAGUGCUUCAGAAGGAAAUGCUAGAGAGUCUCAAGAAAAAUGAGCAUUCCAUGAAAGUUGCCAUAUCUGGAGCAGUAGAUAGCCUUUCUGGUUCCAUGAUUCAAGAAGGCUUUGAGCUGGCUACAGCAAAAAGGGCCAAGGAGCACCAGGAGGUUGAGAAGUGCUUGGCAGAGAUGAAAGCUCGGGAAGAGGAAGAAAGGGAAGAGAUCAAUCAGCUGAGGCAAGAGCUGCCAGUCCAGUCAAACAGAGGAGGAAGGCUUUACAGGACCAACAGCACUCAAGACCAUGAAGCCAAGAAAUUGGGGGUACUAACACUGAGGGCUGAACCGUCCCUCUACUUCGACCCCUCUACUGCCUUGUAAGGACACGGUGGAAGAGCAGAUCCAGAGAACACAACUAACAGCCUCUCCCAGUCCUAGUGGGGGCAGGAAAACACAGGACACACCAGUGAUGGAUAUAAAAUUCACAGAGAGGGGGCUCUUUGGAGAAGUUCAUCUCUGCACAAAGUCUACUGGCCUGAACCUUGUGGUGAAAGUUCUCAGCAGUAAAGAUCGGGUAAGGAUAAGGAUGAUGAGGAAAAAUAGUGGCAAAGUAAAACCAAAAAGAAGUCUAUAUGAAUGAAUCUGCAUUUUUACCCUAACAUAUACUGUAUGUUUUGAGAAACCAUACAAUUUAUCACUCUUUUAGACCUAUGUUCCCUAUAUCUCACUUUUAGUCUGACUCAUAUACUGCGACCCAUGGUCGUAUGCCAGUAAGUAGCUCAGAACCCCCCCAUGUAAAUGUGAUCCUUACUUUCAGCUCUAACACUUCCUCUGUUGUUUUGGAGGAGAAAUAAUUAUUUUUAUGGUCAGUAAAUGCAUCUCUUUUUCCCCCCACAUCUGAACAAGCUCACAAGAAGGUCUCUAUCCUCGUGUAUUAGAAUUUCUUCAAUGAUACCCUAGGGCAGGAGUGCCCAUACUUCUACAUCCAUAAA